AUGUCGCAGCAAAAUUUGCCGACGAGAGGGUAUACCUCAAUUAAAUUUGAAGAAGACAAUGAAAAUUUAAUAAAAAAAGAAGAGGAGGGUAAUGUGCCGAACAUUUUUUCUCCUCCAAAUGGAAAGGAAGAAGAAGAAUAUAAUAAUAAAUCUGACUGUAAUACAGAAGAACAGACGGGGAAUGGGCAUGAAAAUAUUAAUGACUUAAAUGGUGGAAAUGGAAGGGCAAAAUAUAGUUAUUCUUGCUCUCCAACGGUUGUUUGUGAAGAACAUCCACCACCACGAAUAACAUCCCAAACACCUACAAGCCCCUCAAAUAAUCAAAAAGAGAUUAAAGAUGAAAAACAAAAUAAAGAUAAUGAAUCUAAUAAUAAUAUAAUAAAUUCAGAAAAUAAUUUGUUAAUAAAAUCAGAAGAAACACAAAGAGCACAGGCUAUUUGUAUGCAAAGAAUGCUUUUUGCUAUGGCUUGUGCUCAACAACAGCAACAACAAAUGCAGAGACCUUCACGUUCAUCAAUUAGUCCUUCUAAUGGAUGUGAAAAGUCUACAUCUAUACCAACAUCUAAUAAUCGUGAACAACAACUUCCACCUGGGACGAGCUCAAGUGGACUUUUCCCUUCUGGCCCAGUAUUUCCUCCUUUUCCAAUGGCUGCUGCAGCUGCGGCAGCUUUUUGUGGAAUUAAUUCAAAUACAAUUGAACAGAUUUUAAAAACCUUUGAACAAUUAGAAGAAGCUAAUGAAAUUGAGCAAUUGGGACGUUUUCUGUUUUCAUUACCUCCUCCACUUCAAAUAAAAAUUGGAAUGACUGAACCUGUAUUGAGGGCUAAAGCUUUGAUUUGUUAUCAUAGUGGUAACUUCAAGGAACUUUAUAAUAUAUUAGAAAAUCACAAAUUCUCUCCAAAUUCUCAUUCCAAAUUGCAACUUUUAUGGCAAGAAGCUCAUUACCAAGAGGCCGAAAAAAUUCGUGGAAGAGGACUUGGUCCUGUGGAUAAAUAUCGUGUAAGGAAAAAACAUCCUUGUCCUCCAACAAUUUGGGAUGGAGAACAAAAGACUCAUUGUUUCAAAGAAAAAACAAGAACAAUUCUACGAAAGUAUUAUUUACAAGAUUGUUACCCAAAUCCUGCAAAGAAAAAAAUUCUUGCCGAAGAAACGGGACUAAGUCCAACACAGGUUGGCAAUUGGUUUAAAAACAGGCGUCAAAGAGAUCGGGCAGCCACUCAUAAACAUAAAAUGAGUGCAAAUAUGUUACCUGCCGGUCUUUCUCUAUCAGGAAAAUUAUCUUCCAGAAAAAAAGCAUCAAAAAGUGGUUGUUCUUUUGAGGAUGAUGAACAAAAUAAUUUAACAAAAAAUUCAAUGGAUAUCGAUUCUAAUUCUGAAAAUUCUGAGAUAAUUUCUGAUGAAAAUUGUGGAGAUUCUUUGAUGUCGAGUUUGGAUGAAGAGAAUGAAUUAAAUGAAAGGGAGGAAGGUGAUCAGAAAAAGGAAAAUCCUGUUAAAAAUGUUGGAUUUAAUGGAAUUGCUAAUUUACUCGGCCUUAUUCAUCAAAAUAAACAAGAACAACAACAACAAAAUAUUCCAGUACCCCCCUCCCCCUUUCCUCCUUUUCCUCCAAAUUUUUCUGCCAACGGAACAGCUUUGCAUCCAAUGCAAAUAUUAAUGCUUAUGCAAUCAGCUGCAACACAACAUGCUUUAUUCCAACAAAGACAACAACAAGUCCAACAAGUAUUGAGCCAAAAUGAGACUUCCUCUUCAACAUCAGAACAUUCUCCAACCUCCACUAAUUCUUCCCCAACCCAAAAAAUGAUAGAAAACAAUGGAAACAAAUUAGGAAAGAAACCUCAUCAGAAAAAGAAAUCAGGAAAUGGACCAAAAACAAAACCAUUUAAAUUAUCUAUUGAUCAAAUUUUAGGCCAAAAAACUUCCGGAUUUUUAUAA